GUCCCUGUUGUGCUCCACCCCUGAGUGAUAACACGUGUUGUUCCAGCAGGUGGUAAGAUUCACUUAAACACUUUUUAAACUGAAAAGACGUCCUGCAGGAGAAGUCAUACCAGGGAAUGGAGGUUUCAGUGGAUUCAGAGAAACAACAUUUGAUUGAGGCUCAUUUGGAGCCACUAAGAUGGCCGCGUUCCCCAGAGGGAAACUGUUCAGACUCGGCCUCAGCAGAGUUCAGUGACGAUGUGUCCAGCAUGGACGGCCUGCAGCAGCCUGAGCGGCUCUGCCAGGAGACGGACAACAUGUCAGGUGCCGAAGGUGAAGCCAGACGUUUAGCCAGAAGGAAGCUUGCCAUCGCCUGUGCUGUCAGCCUCUGCUUCAUGACAGGAGAGGUGAUUGGUGGAUACGCCGCUCACAGUCUGGCUAUCAUGACUGACGCAGCUCAUCUUCUGACAGACUUUGGCAGCAUCGUGAUCAGCCUCUUCUCUCUGUGGAUCUCAUCCAGGCCGCAAACACACAAAAUGACUUUCGGCUGGCAUCGAGCAGAGAUUCUGGGCAUGUUACUGUCGGUCGUGUCCAUCUGGGUGUUGACAGCACUGUUGGUCGUAUCGGCCGUACAGAGGAUCACUGACGGAGACUAUGACAUCGACACUCAGAUCAUGCUCAUAACCUCGGGCUGUGCUGUUGUGGUCAACGUCCUGAUGAUCCUGAUCCUCCAUCAGUCUGGAUCCUCGCACGGUCACAGCCACAGUUUACCCUCCAGCAGCAUGCAGAGGGACACACAGAGUCAUGGGCACGGCCACCAUCACGGCCACGGCAACGCCAGCGUGAAGGCGGCUUUCAUCCACGUGGUUGGAGAUCUGGUGCAAAGUGUGGGAGUCCUGCUCGCCGCCACCAUCAUCCACUUCUGGCCUGAAUACAAAGUGGUAGAUCCAAUUUGUACGUUCCUGUUCUCGGUUCUUGUGGUUGGAACAACUCUGCCUGUCUCAAAGGAUAUUUUCAGGAUACUGAUGGAGGGGGCUCCUCAACACGUAACCUUCAGCUCCGUCAGAGAUGUGCUGCUGUCUGUCAGAGGAGUAGUGUCUGUUCACAAUUUGCACAUGUGGAGCCUCAACUUGAAUCAGUCUCUACUUUCAGUGCACGUGGUCGCAGGGAAAGAUGCUGAUUCACAAAGCGUCCUGACGAAAACAACGAAGCGUGUGCGCUCUGAGUUUGGUUUCUCCAGCAUCACGAUACAAGUGGAGCGAUAAAAUGCCGACUGCUGACUGACCCUGGAGUGUAAGAGACUUGUGGCAGGGCAGGAGCCUUCCUCAAACGCUGGUUACUCCUGCACAAAGCAUCUUAAUAUUCAUUUACAGGAACUUUUGCUAUUUUUUGAAUGUAUGGAAGUCAGUUUUUCUUCUGUAAACUGCAGCCCUCCUCUUUCAAGUUCUGCUCCACAUAUUUUAUAGAUGUGUUUAGUUACUAUCUGUAUGUCAUCAAAUUCUUUUUGUUUACAGAUUUAUUCAUGCUGUUACAGUGAACAUGUUUAGGGGUUUGAGCAUUAUUUUGCUUUUGGCUUCUUUUCCAUCAAGCUUGUUAACAAGAGAUUUGAGAAAAAAUGAGUGAUUUUUAUGCAUGCAGCAGCAGAUGUCUAGAAGCCCAGUUACCAUAUUUAUUGAACUAUUUACAGGGUUUCUGAGUUCUUCUGGAUUUAACUGUUUAACAUCACUUUAAAUAUUUUACACUUGCUCAAUAUAUUUUAAGUGUAAUUAAGAUAUACCUUCUUUGUAUUUUUUGGUGGGGUAAAUUGUUAAUGCAGAUCACAAUAAAUGUACUUCCACUACUAA